UCUGCCUGGGUUUCCUUUAUGAUCCCGGGAUCUCCCACUUCCCUCACCAGACAUCAGCCAGCAACACAGGCGAACACAACACUCUCUGCCUCGGUCUCGCUCACACGCUGUCUCUCCCUGCAGCUGCAACACAUCCAGAGAGCACAGAGAGACCACAACAACACCCGGACCUGAGACGCUGGUGGCCCCUUGUCCACAUCGAGUAACACCCAGAAAGGAUCCCAGCAGGAGCUGCACACCAACCGCUGCAGCUUGCACACACACACAAAAAAGGGAUCUACGGCUUUAUUGCACAUAUAAAGCCACUGAGGAAGACUUGUAUCUACUUUUUAAAUCUACGCUGGUGAUCCUUCUCCGUCGUGCCACCAUGUCCGAGGUGCUGCCAUACAACGAGGGGAAAAUGAGCGGCUACGGGGCGGACAGCGAGGUCAGCCAGAUGUCCUUUAGCUGCGGACUGCAGGACUCAAGCGCCUUUUUCGCUGCGUCGCAGGCCAAAAGACCCCCAAAGCUGGGACAGAUCGGCCGAGCCAAGCGAGUGGUCAUCGAGGAUGACCGAAUCGACGAGGUCCUGAAGGGGAUGACAGACAAGUCUUCACCCGGCGUUUAAACGUGAGAGACGCCUUGCGGACUUUUUCAUUUUGAUGACCGAUUUGAAGCACUUGUCGGCUGUGCAUGUUCGAGGAUUGCAGGAGAGAAACGACGGCACGAAGCGAAGCUGGGGUGACUGACGAAAAGGCAACGAAAAAAAAAGGCAACGAAGGGGGGAAAUGGAGAAGGCUAAAGGAAGAGAAAUGUGGAAGAAAGUGAUGAAGAAAGAAGUGGAAAGAGAGAGAGAGAGAGAGAGAGAGACUCUGGAAAAGACCACGAUUUAUCAUGGGAUUGCUGGCAAUUCUCCAAACGAAUCCCGAUUGUAACUACUGUUGCGCAGCAAGAUGUUGAGAUGGCGGACACCGCUCUGUAUCUCAACCUCUGCUGACUUUAAUGAUGGAUGAACUUGUCAUUACUUCACGACCAUCUCUUGUUCCUUUCCAACAGCGCUGUAAGCAACACAAUACUGCAACUGGAGGCUGAAGCUAAAUCCCAGCCCUAUUUCAAUAAGUUGUACAGUAGGUAGGCUAAGCUCUCAGACGCCCCCCCCCCCCCAUCCUUUAGGCUUCGCUUUGUUGAUUCAGUCAGCGACGGUGCAUUCAAGGGAGCUGUCCUUUCAGCACUGGUCCAAUGCAUUCCUGUUGCUGCUAACGCUUUUUCAAAAAACAGACCAACCAAACUCUUGAGUCUGCUGAAUAGAGGAGACCCAUUGUAUGUAAAACAUAUAUAUCUACGAGGAUGGUGCAAUGUUAAUAUGUUCUGUAGUAGAAGCCCUGUUUCUUUUUGGCCCUUAAAGAGCAUUAUAGGCCACAGAUUAAACCUGAACCACAGGCGACAUUCUUCUUCUUCUUCUUCUUCCUGCAUUACCCAUCAGUGGGGUUAAAGGUGCAGCUUGGCACCUUCAUGUAGCUGAUUUACACCUGCACAUGUCUUUUUUUUUCCCCCUCUCUAUUUCUUCAAUCUUUUUUUUUUUUUUGCAUUUUCAAAUGCUCAGAUAUCUACAGAGGCCAGCACAGUUGUGGAGAUUAUAGUAAAUGUUUAAAAUAAUAGUCAUGAAAUUGAUGGGAAAAAAAAUUGUAUUUCCAUUAUUUGGUUAUUUCAAUUUUGCAAUUAUUCGUGUUUCGUCCUCUAUACGUUUUUUCUCCAUCUCUUUGCAUGAACUUUCACUGCGGUGCCAACGCAGGUGCCACUUCUCUUACCUUGGCACGCUUCUUUUUAACAAAAGUCAUAUUUGUAUUUUUAUAUCUAAAUCUUUGUUAUUUAAAUGAUAUGCUAGUCUAUCGUCUUACAAUUCAUCAACAAAAAUAUUUCUACUUCAGAGAGGAUAUACAGAAUGAGAAGAGGCUUCAUGGAGGCGAAGCUACGUAAGAUUUUGGUGGACUGGUUUCAUUCUAUAUCAGAGGUCGGGCGUUUUUUAAAGACUAACUGAAUGUGUCUGGGGUUUUUGCACACAUCAAUGUUAAACUAUUAUUAAGAAAUCGUAUACUGUGACUUGAGCUUCGUUGAUGAAUUUGUUAGAAAAUGGCAGUUUUAGAGUAUAUUGCACUGUUUACGAGUAUCCUCAAAUAACACGUUGUUAUUUGACCGAUUUUGGACAUUACAGUUUUUGUUUUUUAAUUUUGUUUAUUUUGUACCAUUAUUUUAAAGAAACUGGAUAUGGUUUGUUGUGCAUGAAACCUUAAUAUUUUCAACAAUGAAACAUCGUUUUAUGAAGCAAAAAAGCAGCAAAAAUGUCAUGACAUUCUAAGAAUGAGUCAUUGUAUAUUAUGAUGCCAUUUUCACUGUAUUUGGUGAAUUAAUAAAUGGUGAAAGAACAUGUUAAUGUGAUUCUUUGGUAUGGCUUUUGUUGCAAGAUAUUUUGUUUUAGUAACAAUUCAAUAGAAGAUGACAAACAAUUGGAACAUUAAAGUUUGUUCUCUGAAUAAAAGUCAAGGAGAAAAAACAACAUAGAGCACAUCACCUCAGCACAGUGACUGUGAUUAGCAUACCAUUUUGUUUUUUUAGACAAAACAACAGAACAUACUGUACAUGUAGCAUAGGGAAGCAACAGUCUUAAAUAUAUAUAUUUGCAGCUUUUGGACUCCGUAGCCAUGACCUCAGGGACAGUAAAUACUGAUCCUUAAUUAAAGAGCGGGUAAGGAACAGUCAUCCAUCUGUUAAGCUGUUAAACAGCUCCAUGCAGGCCUAUACUAGUCAAUGUACUGUGUUAAACCACAGCCCCCUGGGGAGCCAUGACUGGCCACAUCAUCAUCUAUCAAAGUCUACAUGUGCAGUGUUCUCAUACAGUAGCUCUCACACACAGCCUAUAGCAGGCCUGUACACUCUCGCCAUAAAAACCUAUAUCGUGCACAAAAAUCAACUGUUCUGUGGUGAAGUUUUGAACCAUUUAUCUAUGACUUUUUGUUGGCUUUUUGCUUGUUAGUUUCCACAUACUCUCAAUCACACAAUGGUAUGAAGGUGUUAAGCGAUUCAGGUCGAUGGAAAACUUCAGUCAAACUAACAUACUGUACCUGUAGGUAGAAUGUCUCUGUGACAAUAAACUUACUAAAGAUCA